AUGCCUACGCUCACCGUUGACGCCAUCCUGUUUGACAUGGAUGGAACCCUUAUCGACUCUACGCCCGGGGUACUCAUUGCAUGGGACAUCUUCGGGAAGCAAUACGGCUUCGAUGGUCUCGCCGCGUCGGAAUCUGCACACGGGCGUAGACUUGCGGAUACACUUGGUGAAUGGUGCAAGAUCACAGACCCGAAGCUCUUGGCGGAUGAAAUCGUGAGGUUUGAGGAGGACGUCAUUCAUGGAGGGCCGAUAGUUCUUCCUGGCACAUUAUCAUUGCUGGAACAGAUCAAUGAAGGUGCAACCGAAGAACAUCCCGGGUGGACUAUCGUAACAUCAGCCACGAACGUGUACACCCCCAAGGCGCUUUCCCGGUGCGGCGUACCAGUCCCGGCUUCUGGAUACGUGACGAGCGAUGAUGUCGAGCGCGGUAAGCCGCACCCUGAUCCGUAUCUCGCCGGCGCCAAAAAGAUUGGUGUGGACCCCGCACGGUGCCUAGUCAUCGAAGAUGCACCUUCUGGGCUGAAGGCGGGUCGCGCAGCAGGCGCAAAGGUAAUCGCGCUGUGUACCUCACACACUCGCGAUGCCAUUGUCGCUUCAGGGGCGGACCCGGAUUUUAUUGUGGAAGAUCUGCGCAGGGUAUCGGCGAGAUGGGUGGAGGGCCGGUUGGAGUUAACGAUAGACGAUUCGCUGUGGUAG